AUGUCCUGGCGCUUGAGGACAUCCAGUGUGAUGCAGACCAUCAACGAUUGGGAGGAAAUCCCUGGAAUCGACAAGGUCAUCGAGCACGCCAAGAGACCCCUCGAGCUGAAGCAGCCCCUGCGGAACCUGAACGACUUGUUCUACGAGUCCCAGCCGGAGGAACUGCCAUGGAUCCGCACCGAGUGCGUGAUCGACGUGGUUCAGGGCGCCGCCUAUUUGGGGCAAGCAGUGGUCUUCCUGUACAAGGCCAUUGACUAUGAUGGACUCAAAUGCCCCAACAACUCCCCAGUCGGCUGCGCUGCAAGUGUCGCGGGUUUCAUCACCUCCAUCACCUGGAUCGCCUCGUACCUCUCCUUCGCGGCCAACGCCUGUGGUGCCGCCGUCAACUCGGGCGCCCUCUGCGCGGGAGACUGGACGGCCCUCAUGGCGAACUUUGGUGAGAUGGCGACC